AUGGCCCCAAAAAAGAAAUCUAGGAAAGUGGACAGGGCCGAACUUCAUGUCGACUUCAUUGCCCUAGAAGAAGCCCCAGUAUUUGCAGAGAACGAGCCCAUGCCUAUCCUGGAAGAGGUAGCGCCUCUCGAUGACGAGUCGGCGCCUCUCGAAGACGAGCCGAUACCUCUCGAAGAAGAGCCGAUGCCUCUCAAAGAAGAGCCGAUACCUUUCGAAGAAGAGCUGUCACCUCUUGAAGAAGAGUUGAUGCUAUCGCCGUACGCGAGCACAAGCUGCUACGUCUACUUCAAGAACAACAUACCAUUCGUUGUCCCGCGCGAGCUAUUGCUUCAUGCAGGCAACAUUCUAUCGGUGUCACCUAUUUUGCCUGGCGAUGGACCCAACCACAUACGUAUGGAAGAGGUCCCAGACGACGCAGGUCAUGUGCUGGUUCAUUAUGUUUAUACUGGGACUUGGCAGAUCCUUCGACAGAGACAUACACAGCAACAGCCCACCGCAUUCUCUGAUUCCAACAUCGGCGUUACCAAGUCUGACUUUGAGACUAGCGUUCAUGUCUACUGCGCUGCUAGGGCCUAUGGUCUCUCAAACUUGGUGGAAUUGGCCAAGGGGCAGGUGCAGCGACUAGCCAGUCACUUGACGCCGCUGAACGUUCUCCUCUCGGCCUCUGAGGCAUGCCAGCUCCUAGCCGAGGACGAUCUUUGGUUUAGAGGCUUCCUGCAGCGACUCCUAAGACUGAUGUUCAACAACUCGAAGGAUCUUGAAGAAUCGUUGUUUCUGGGAUGUAUCGGACAGGACACUGUCUAUUCGAAAUUUCUGAUGAGAAGCCUGUUUAGAUUGUGCUGUCAGAACUGCCGCGUCCUGCCAGCUGCCGUCGGAGUCCCGUCCGCUUUUGAGGCCGACGAAACCCAGUCAAAUGCCUUUCAAACAGAAGGAGACAUGCCUGAAGAGCAUGAUUCUAUCUUUCUGCCGGAGGCUGGGCCAUCAGCAGAGGAGACGAAGGUAGCCGAGACGCCUCCAUCAGAUGAUUGGACUGUGGCCGAAGAACCCAAGCCUGAAGAGUUUGCCGAGCGGGCGGAGUCAUCGGGAAAAUGUACCGAAACCGAAGUGACUGACCCGGGUGGCUUUGUCCCCGUAUCUCCGCCAGAGGCCUGCCCACAAAAGGAGUCUAGCUUGACUGAACCUACAAAGAAGUCUAAGAAAGAUAAGAAGAAGCAAAAAAAAGCAAAACUCUUGAAGAGGAAUGAAAGUGUCCUGACGGAAAACAUGGUGAAGCUCGGGUCGGAGCCGGGAACGAGGCCGGGGCCAGAGACCAGGUAUGAAGCAGAGACGGCAAUUGCGCCGGUGGAAGAGGGGGGAUAUUGGGGGUCUAGAUCCGUGAAGGAAAAUGAAAAAGACGGCUUGGCCUCCCCAAUCCUACAGGCAGAAUCAGUGGAAGAGCCGGGACUUCGGCCAGCAUUGGAUGACGAGACAGGAGUUGACGAAACUUCCUGGGAACGUUUCAUCAAGAAAAUAGAUAAGAACAGUGGGGAGGUGAUAGCACCGGAGCCUGAGCCGGAGCCGAAGCUAGAAGUUGCACCAGCGGUCGAGGAAGGCCCUUGUGGUGAGCCGCGGAAGCCUGAAAAGAAGAAGGAGAAGGCAAUCGAAGUAAGCAAGAAGAAGAAAAAGAAGGCAGGCCUAGUUCCGGACGCCUCAAAGCCAGAGUCUGGCACAGAAGUCGACGCGGAAACCACAACUGUGAGGGCCGAAGACCCUUGGGGCUGGGGGAUUCCGCUGCCGAAGAAGAAGUCGACUGCUGGACAGGUAAUCAUGCCUGAACUGGACUGUCCCGACAGGGUCACUCAUAUACUCGACGGCGGCUGGACUGAAUGCUCUACCUGUCGCGAACAAGUUGGCAACAUAUCGGGGGAGUAUCAGGCUACCCAAGCCAAGGAAGGUGACCGGCUAUUGUUUUGA